AUGUGCGAUGCACGAUUGAGUCAACUAUUUGAAGGCGACAAUCAGUCAUUUCUUGUCGCGGCACCCCGGCAAGGCGUUUGUGUGUGUCGUGGUCACCAGAUUUUUCACUGUGGAGACGAAUCGGUGCGCUUUAUAGCCGUGGUCUCUGAGGUCAACUAUCUUAAAAAUCGUCGACUUAAAGUGAUGUUCUAUCAUGCUAAUUGGAUUUGUUUAACCCCGUCAAAUUGUGACGGUAAAGCGGAAUCAGCACUGAGUGUAGUACCCAUCAUGCGAAGCACAGAAGCUCCAUGA